AUGGCCACAACAAGCAAAAAGUCAGAUCGACGAGUUCCACCCGAGCAACGGAAACGCACGGAGCACAGCUGUGACCGUUGCAAAUCAAGAAAGCAGAAAUGCCAACGGCUUCCAAAUGAAGACCGCUGUGAGCAUUGCAUACGCAUGAACUAUGGCUGCAAGGUCACCAGGCCCCGAAAGCAACGGCUCUAUGGCAGCGCCGAGCUCGUGCGUUACAAGAUUGCACUGCUUGAGGCGCUGGUAAAGGGGCUUGUUCCCAGUGCAGACCUCAAUUCCAUUGAGAGCAUGCGAGAACUUGGACAGUCCUUAGGCAUUAAGCUUCCGGAAGAGGUGGAUAACACGUAUCCACCCCUGCUCGAGAUGAUCCAAGCAAGCGAAGAAGCAAACCCGAACAAGAACGAGGAGCUGGUUCGUGACAUGGAGGGCCAGGAACAGUAUAUCGGGCCUGCGAGCUCCUAUUUUUUCCAGAUGAAGCUCCGUGCCCUCUUGGGGCUUCAUCGCCAGGCCCAGGGAGGAAAGUUUCAGAUGUACCUCUUUGGCCGCAACCCUUCCGAGGACACCUUGAGAUAUGCUAGAGAGAUCCUCACGGAGGCCGAUAUUCGAGCAGUAGCAGAACCCCAACAAGUCGAGGUCAGCGCUAAUGCUGUCCAAUAUCCUUCUCCUUUGCUCGAUCGCUCCGUCAUCAAUGGGCUCAUUCGAGCUUACUUCGAUAACGUCAACAUCGACUUCCCGGUCCUCCACGAAGCCUCUUUCUUGGAAAUAUACGAUGUGUGGCGACUUUCCCCGCAAUCCGUUGAUCGAGCGUGGGUAUGUGAACUGUUGUGCGUAUUGCUUCUGGGUCGGCGAAUUAGUCCGCUGGGGACAACGGAGACCCAGCAGCAAAAAUGGUGGACCCACGUGGAAUCCCUUCUGCCCACAAUUAUUUUCACCAACAAUAUCCUUUCGGUCCAGGCCUUGAUGCUGGCUGCUUUGCAUCUUCAUAACACGAAUCAUCGUGAUGCCUGCUGGACCUUGACCGGGGCAGCGGCCCGCAUUGCAAUCGCCAUUGGACUCCAUCGAGACGAGAUCAUCUGUGAGGGACCUAGACUGGCUAAGGAGCUCAGGAAAUCACUGUGGUGGACACUGUAUGCUUUCGAGCAGAUCCAGGUCUCUUCCCAUGACCGGCCCAGUGCUAUCGAUAGCACCAUGUGUUCUACUACCUCGCCCCAUGAGAGAGUCCUUGGUAUGGGAUCCUCCAACUGGCCCCCGACCUACACACUCUGGUCCGCACGGCUUGUUACUAUCUUAGGCUUAGUAUGCCGUGCCUUACCAACUGCCACGAGCGAGAAUGGUCGCACAGGUCUCCUCUCCCCGACAGCUGGGUUGCUCCGGGAUUUAAGCCGGUGGCUUUAUUCCCUACCCCAGCACCUAACUCUCAGCGUAUUGAGGACCUUGCCAGAUGGCUUCAAGAGACCCGUUCUCUUGUUACACAUCCAGUAUCAUUAUACUGUAUCCUUGCUCACUCGCUGUGCAUUGCUGCAACUCCUUGCCUCCGUAUCGCAGAACUCAGAAGCUAACCCCAACGAUGAAGAGGUCAAAGCGAAUGCCAAGGUUUGUUGCGAGUCUGGUCGAAAGGCUUGUGAGCUACUGCUGCAGCUGGACGAACUGGGGAAAUUCAACCCAGUGACCUGGUGGGACGUCUAUUACGUGUACUCGUCGACUUUGGUCUUGACGUUGAGUAUUCUGUGCGACCGAGCGCGGCCCGACAGCGACAAGACUGUCACUGACAAAGAUGUUUCGUUGCUCCACGACUGUGCGAGUAUGCUCAUGCGCCAUUCGUCCAACCCAAUGAUGCCUGCUACCAUGCUUCGCUGGACCGGGGCCAUACGGGACGUUGACGUGCUGCUUAACGAAAGGUCAGCCCCCGCUCAACCGCCACCAGUCCGCGAUGAUCCGGUCAACAAUGAACCAGUCUCGGAAAAUGCUCUGGUCCCUCUUGGUUCGUCGAUGAGAGAGAUAACUGCUCCUUAUUCUGGUAUGGAAGUGGCACUAGGCCCUAGCACCGAGCUCGCUGUGUCUCAAAUGGGUUUAAUUAACAUGCCCUUCCAAAAUUAUGGAGCAGGCAUGGACCCCCUCACGGAUCAGAGCGUGGCUCAGAUGGAUCCGACUAUGGUGUAUGCUAAUGGCGGCCACAUGGACCAGUUGAUGUCGAUGCCACUCUUGGGCGACGACAAUGCUAUCUUCUCCUGGGAUUCGAUUGGAUCCAUGUUACUGGGGACAGAGGCAUUCAAUGCGGCCGCACGAUCCCGACUAGCCAUGCUUUCGGAUGUUCGACUGCUGAGGGAAUUUGACGACGGAAAUGCCUAG